GAAUUGUAACCUGCAAGGAGGGAAGGAAAGGCGGGAGAGGAAGAUGAGUAUCUUCUUCUUAGAUCAGAAAUGUUGAACUUUGAUACACCUCUCACACGCUCUAUCAAAUCAUGUGAAGACAGUUACCUACAUGGUACAACAAAAAGGAGCCAACAAAUCCUUAUCAAAUUUCCAGGGUAACCAAAAUCAAUGUUGCGUUGCCGCGUCAACGAACAUUCAACAAAUGAAACCAAACAAAGUUCGAAGGAGCAGAAGAAAAAAACAAAGAUUUGUUUGGGGACUGCAUCGACAAAUGCCAGAAGUUACAAUCGGAAGGAAGCCAACAAGGCGAAGGGUUGUUGCGGCCAAGAGAAUCCAGUUGUGCAGUUAAACUUUUUUCCAACGUCAUCAGCAACCAAAAGUUAACAAAGAAAUUAGCAAAGAACAAAAAAAAAACGAGCGAUUAAAAGAAUUUUAAAAGAAAAAGUAGAAGAAGAAGAGGAGGCACACCUUGCCACACAAUUCUCGGGUAAUUUUGUUGCAUGAACCAUUGUGGGCUAUGACGCAAGAAUCCAUAAGAAGGUCAAAUGCCAGCUAUUCCAACAUGUAUGGAAGAGUGAAUCAGAACAUGACCCACGAACGGAUGAAAGUCUAUUUCUGCACGGAUCUGGACAAAUCGGUGUUGGUGAAUAAUUUCGAAAAACGUGGCUGGAGUCAAGUCAGUGCCGAUGAUGACUGGAACUUCUAUUGGGCGGGGGUGCAGACGUGUCGCAACAUUUUCUCGGUGGACAGUGGCUAUCGCAUGAAUGACAACCAAAUGAUCAAUCAUUUCCCGAAUCAUUACGAACUGUCGCGCAAGGAUCUGCUGGUGAAGAAUAUCAAACGCUAUCGCAAGGAUUUGGAAAGGGAUGGUAAUCCCUUGGCGGAGAAAACCGAUGUCAAUUGGUCCGGAGGUGGUUGCAGUACUAGAUAUCUGUAUCUGGAUUUCAUACCCGUUACCUUUGUCCUGCCGGCGGAUUACAAUAUGUUUGUGGAGGAGUAUCGUAAAAAUCCCCAAAGCACCUGGAUCAUGAAGCCAUGUGGGAAAUCGCAAGGGGCGGGAAUAUUUUUGAUAAACAAAUUAUCGAAAUUGAAAAAAUGGUCACGGGAAGCCAAAGGAGCCUUUCAUCCGCAAAUAGCCAAGGAGAGUUAUGUCAUAUCCCGCUAUAUUGAUAAUCCUUUGUUGAUUGGUGGCAAGAAAUUCGAUUUGAGGUUAUAUGUUUUGGUCACCUCUUUUCGUCCUUUAAAGGCGUAUCUCUUCAAACAGGGAUUUUGCCGAUUUUGUACGGUGAAAUAUGAUACCAGCAUGACGGAGCUGGAUAAUAUGUAUGUCCAUCUCACCAAUGUCAGUGUCCAGAAACAUGGGGGCGAAUACAAUUCCCUACACGGCGGCAAGUGGUCGGUGCAAAAUCUAGCCCUUUAUCUGGAGGGGACGCGAGGCAAAGAGGUCACGGAUCGUCUAUUUGGUGCCAUAUCAUGGCUCAUUGUACAUUCUCUUAGGGCUGUGGCUCCUGUCAUGGCCAGUGAUCGACAUUGCUUCGAAUGCUACGGUUAUGAUAUAAUUAUUGAUAAUAAUUUAAAACCCUGGCUGGUGGAGGUAAAUGCAUCACCAUCGUUGACCUCAACGACAGUGACCGAUCGAAUUUUAAAAUAUAAAUUAAUUGAUAAUAUAUUGUCGGUGGUGCUGCCACCAGAUGGGGUGCCGGAUGUCCGUUGGAACAAAAUACCCAGUGCCGAUGCCUUGGGCAAUUUUGAAUUGUUGAUCGAUGAGGAGCUGGCCGCCCAAGAGGAGGCUCAAAAUAGUCAACAGAAUAAAAAUUCCAAGUCGAUGGGUGGAAAUCGUUGGAAAUGAAAACAAGGAUACUUUCAAUAAUAGACCCUUUUUUCUUCAGAAAAGUUUGCGGAAAUAAUACAACAUUCGACGAAAUCGGAUAUUUUUUUUUAAAUGUCUCAUUAAAAGCGUUGGCAGAAAAUUGAUAUUUAUUGUUUUGCAUGUAGCUGUGAUUUAAUUAUAGUUUAAAUUAUAAUUUUUUUUGUGAUACUUUUUUCGAGAAGUGCAAUAUGUUUUAAAGAAAUAAAAUAUAAAUUAACUAA